AUGCAGAGGGAUUUCGCUCUUGGUCAUGGCGCAGGCGCAAGCGCUUAUGGUGGUGUAGCCGCGGCUGCGUUAGCUGGAUUGGUUGGAAUUAUGUAUCUCACGAAAGCCGGCGAGGUGACUAAGGAGUUAGUGGCUGGGGAGGAAGCAAAGAGACAGUUGGCUGGGGUGGAAGCCAGGAAGCAAGGGGCCAUAUCAGAGGCAGAAACCAAAGAGCACAAUGGUAACGACUUCUCCUUGGAGGAGUACCUUGCUGAGAUGACGAAGAUAGCUGCUGCGCAGAAGAAGGCUCGUUACGAAAGGUCUUCCAAGAAGGCUGUCAAGGAGGUGACAAACAGCGUAGCCAUCAGGGACGAGGCGGCCAUGAAGGCACGGUCCGGGGAAUGGAUCAGAGAGUAUGGAAAGAGAUACAAAAGCAAGGAGGAGAAGGCUCGACACUAUGAAUUGUUUAAGGCUUUUGCAAAUAUGGUGGACAAGGCAACCGCACAGGGUGGAGCCGUCUUCGUCACAAACCAUACCGCGGACUGGACCGAGGAAGAGUGCCAGUGUCUGUAUGAUAGUGACGUUGACUGGGAUGACUACAUUGCUCAUAUCCGGUCUUUGAUUGAUAAGAAGAAUGCCAAGGCCAAGAAGGUUAGCAGGGACUGA